UACUGCGCUGCGGCCGUCUCUGGCCUGUUAAUCUUUACUUCACUUUGUACCUUUUUUUUUUCCUUUUCUUAUUCACAGCUAGCGCUGCAAGCGCUUUUUGAACGAGUGGAGUUGUGCAAGGGCACGCAGGGGUGCUGAUGGAGAUUGAUGCGGGGGUUUCAAGGGGAGUGUAGCGUAGGGUAGUGUACAGAUGGGUGGUUUGGAAAUGAAUGGAGUACUGAGAUGGCUGGGUCUGGUGUCUGUGGCUUGGAGGUGAUGUCGCCGCUGCUUGGGAGCGGGAGUGAUUAUCCCGUUCUUCGCGCCGUGAGACGGUCUUGCGGAAUCGUACCUUGCUGUCGGACACAUGUCAUCCCUGCCCUGUCCUGCCCUGCCCAGUCCUGCCCCGUCCUGCCCAGUCCUGCCCCGUCCUGCCCCGUCCUGCCCUGCCCAGACGGCGUUCCUGUCCAGCGCAUGCGCGUAUCCCGUCUCCUACGCCAGCGCCGCACAACGCCCUCGCGCUGGAGACGGUGUUUGCGCUGCUGCUGCUGGCGCGGGGUGGUUCCAGACGCACGCGGGGUGGUCCCAGACGCAUGCGGUGUGGGGAUGUCUGUGCUCCGGGGUUAUGGGAGGGAGGCGCGAUGGCAGGUGACUGCUGAUGUGGAACUUUGUGAGCGGGUCCACGAUGGAAAAUGCAGAGGAUGCAUAGGAUUGAGUACGUUGUGGAAUUCAAGUAGCUUGUGAAUGUACACUCACUCGGAUACAAUCUACACUCACCCGGCCACCACCCAUCCCGCUCCCACCCAGCCAAAUCCCAAACCGCCAUCCUACUGCGGCGGCAGCUGUCCCCCCUCCCUACUCCCGCCCGUCUGCGUGGCCUCCUUGACCUUGACCACGGCGGCCUCGACUUUACUCCCACCCCCCGAGUUCAGCGCGCUGAGGUAG